AUGCCUGAAGCAGCUGUUGAGAGACGUGAACUGGAGAAAUUCGUUGAGGAGUUCGGAUCCGAAGCGUUCACGACAGACGGGAAAGUUCUGACCUGCGAAUUUCGCGAAAAAGCAAUCAACGCGGAGAAGAAGUACUUCGUGAAACAGCAUAUGAGCACCGUGAUUCACAAGGAACGGGUACGUCGAGCGGCGAACUCCAACCGGAGCAUUUGCCUCUUGACCAAUUUCGUCGAGCUCUCGAGCAGCGAGAGUUCGUUCAGUAUGGAUCUUCGCCAGAUGAUGAUUGAAGCCAAUAUCCCGCUCCACAAAGCACAGGAUCAGACCUUUCGAAAACCUCUGCUCCAGUAUUGUUCUCAGCAAGUACCAGAUCCGAAGACGCUUCGUGGCGACUGCCUUAAGAAGCUAUAUGAUGCAAGGGUUCAAAGGGUACGAGACGCUGUAGGCAACAAUCCAAUAUGGAUGUCAGUUGAUGAAACCACAGACGCAAAGGGGCAAUAUGACGUGAACACGAUUAUAGGUCGCCUCGAAGCCGAGGAAGAAAUGACCCGCACUUGA